GUGUGUGUGUGUGUGUGUGUGCGUGCGUGCGUGCGCGCUUGCGUGCUUCACAGAGUGAUCUGCCCUUCGCCAGACUACCCACCCUCCAAAAUGUCCCAGGCCUCAUUGAAUGAAGAAGGAGGCACCUUUGAGAACUUGUGGAGCUCCCUGGAGCCCGACAGUACCUAUUAUGAGCUCCCCCCAGGAGGUGAGCGUCCAGUACCUUCUACAAGUACUUCGGGGAACCGGAGCAGUACUGCUGAAGUUUCCAUGGACGUCUACCACAUGAGGGACAUGAAUGACAAUGUGAUGUCCCAGUACAACUUGCUCAGCAGCAGCAGCAUGGAUAGUCUGGGGAGCAGGGCCAGGCCCGCCAGCCCUUACAGCUCCGAGAACGCUUCUUCGGCCGUGCCCACCCCUUCGCCCUACUCCCAGCCCAACUCCACCUUCGAGGGCCUGUCGCCUGCCCCGGCAAUCCCCUCCAAUACUGACUACCCGGGACCCCACGCCUUCCAGUUGUCCUUUCAACAGUCCAGCACUGCCAAGUCGGCCACAUGGACAUACUCCCCGCUGCUGAAGAAGCUCUACUGCCAGAUUGCCAAGACGUGUCCCAUCCAGAUCAAGCUGUCCUCUUCCCCUCCCCACGGAAGCAUCAUCCGAGCGAUGCCGGUCUACAAGAAGGCCGAGCAUGUGACAGAAGUGGUCAAGCGUUGCCCCAACCACGAGCUGGGUCGAGAGUUUAACGACGGCCAAGCAGCACCAGCCAGCCAUCUCGUCCGAGUGGAGGGGAACAACCUCUGCCAGUACAUGGAUGAUCCUAUAACCGGCCGCCAGAGUGUCUUUGUUCCCUAUGAGACUCCACAGGUGGGGACAGACUUCACCACCAUCUUGUACAACUUCAUGUGCAACAGCAGCUGUGUGGGCGGCAUGAACAGGAGACCGAUCCUUAUCAUUAUUACGUUGGAAUCGAGAGAUGGACAAGUGUUAGGUCGAAGGUCAUUUGAAGGCCGGAUAUGUGCGUGUCCUGGCCGAGACCGCAAAGCAGAUGAGGACCACUUCAGGGAACAGCAAGUCUUGAAUGAUACUGUGGCAAAGAAUGGCAGUGCCAAUAAGCGCAAUUUCAAACAGAGCCCACCAAAUAUUUCCAGCCCAAAUGUUAACCUUAGGAAGCGGCGACAUGGGGAUGAGGAGAUUUACUAUAUUCCUGUUCGUGGUCGAGACAAUUUUGAGCUGCUGAUGAAGAUUAAAGACAGUUUGGAACUGGUGGAGCUUGUCCCUCAGCCACUUGUGGACUCCUACAGGCAACAAACACAACAGCAGCUGCUACAAAGACCGAGCCACAUAGCAUCUCCCUCCUCUCCAUUGUCAAAUAUGAACAAGCAUCACCCACAUGGAGGUCUCGGUAAAUCCCAGACAGCCAACCACCUGGUGGGGACACAGCCCCAGCACCACCCCACUAGCCACACCUCCAUGGCACAUAUGAGCCACAACGUGCUCAACAGCCACCACAUGCAGUCAAACGGUGACAUGAACGGUGGCCACAGCAGUCAGACUUUAGUGUCUGCUUCACAUUGCAGCCCACCCCCUCCGUAUAACCCUGACCCCAACCUUGUCAGCUUUCUAACCAGCCUGGGCUGCCAAAACUUCAUUGAAUACUUCACCUCUCAAGGCCUGCAAACUAUCUACCAUCUCCAGACACUCUCCGUGGAGGAAUUAGGCGCACUGAAGAUCCCAGAGCAGACUCGCGUUGCCAUCUGGCGAGGACUCCAGGACAUGAAACAAAGCACUCCCCUCCAGCUGCCUGCCUCCGCACACCACCACGACUACCACGGCCAACAGCUUCUACGCUCCAGCAGCAACGUGGCCGCCAUCGGGGCCGCUGGCGGGGAGUUGCAACGUCAACGCGUCAUGGAGGCCGUGCACUUUCGCGUCCGCCACACCAUUACCAUACCCAACAGGUCAGGCGUUGUGGGGACGACGGGGAUGUCGGCAGCGACCGACGAGUGGGCGGACUUUGGUUUCGACAUGCCCGACUGCAAGGUGGCACGCAGCAAGCACCCGAUAAAAGAGGAGUUCAUGGAAAGAGAUGUUCGCUGAGCCCACAGAGCAGUCCCUGCUGGAUUUUUUUGCCAAUGUUAUCAGCAACAGCCUAUUCAAAGACUGGUACCACAGGAUCAGUGACGAUGUGAUUAGACUAAUCGGUAUUGCUGUGUUAAAUUGUUCUUGGUAUGUAUUUGUACUGUGAAAAAUAUUCUCCCUGGCUGAAAAACAUUGCAUACCAAUUGAGAACAUGCUGAAACAGUAUUAUAUCUGAACAUCAGAUAUGAAAUCUGAGUGAUGGUUAGUUCAUCGUUGAAUAGCGUCCCUGUUGACUGUGACACCAGACGAGAGAGUCGCCUUUUAGUCCUUCCUCUUAUGCAAAACCUUGCUGGGCAAGGUCCUCCUUAUGUUCAUGCUUGAUGAGUGUCUUCUAAGAAUCUUUAUGGCACUUGUUUGUGAAUAUUUAACUGAAACAUUCCAGUUUUGUUUCAUGGCAUGCUCAAAUUAUGAUGGCGUACUUGAUCAUCAUAUGAAUUUGAUUUUUAUUUUGUUUGGUAACACAAGUGUGUUGCAUUUUGGUUGUUGUGCAUACAUUUAACUCGCGAACUGGACAAAGGAGGAGCACUUUAAUGCUUUUAAAGUCAAACUUUCAAUUUUGUGUCAAACGUGCAUGUGAUCAGUAUUAUGAUGUAUAUAGUAACAGUUUUGGUAGUUUGUUUCUGAUGGUGUAAAGAUUAUUCAGUGGUGUGCUCAUCGAUCUAACGCUGUUAAUUGUUCAAUGUUUUCUAUGAUUAAGUUAAAUGUUUUCCUUAAGCGUAGGUGAUGAUAUACUGCAAUUGUCUCCCAUGUAAUGUUUCUCCCCUUUUGUGGGGACUUGUUUUUUUAGUUUUUGAGUGCCAUUAAAAUUGGUCGUGGAUAAAGCAGUCUUAACUAUGUCAUUAAAUUGAUUAAAUGUGUGAUUAUCCAUUA